AUGGGCAUCGAGGAUGCUCUCGAGCAGGAUCUCGCCUUCGACUACAUGACCGACGACAUGGUCACCGAUCUGGGCAACCACGACUACCUCAAGGACACUGGCCGGUCAGAUGCCCCUGCCUCACAAAAUGUGGAAACCUUGGACGUGGCCUUGGCCACGUGGGACAACCAGCAAAACCGGCACGUCGAUGAUGCUCUCCGAACCAAGCCGGCCACCACCUACGUGUUCUGGGAAAUCUACUCCGGCCGUAGCAACCUGUCCAAAGCCAUGGAAGAACUCGGCUGGGAGGUCCGCACCUUUGACCUUCCGGAGUGGAACUUCACCCAAUCUGCACAUCGGCAAGCACUACUUCGAGUCAUCGAUGAGGAGAUGCCUGAUGUCAUCUGGUUGGCACCUCCAUGCAAAAAGUGGAGUCGAAUGCAGCAGGUUAACCAGCGCAACGAGCACCAAGCCGAAUGCCUCGCCAUCGACCGGGGAAUGGCCGGCAAGCCUAUGUGGAACACCCUCUCUCCUCUUUGGCAUGGACCACUCCUGCACUUCAUGACCUACCUGGUCGUCGAGCCGAAAUCCCAUCAGUGUGCCUAUGGCGCUGGAUUCUGGAUGAAUGACCACGAGUGGGCCUACAUCAAGAAGCCCACGGCCAUCCUCUCGACCGAGGCCGAGUUCACAGAGCACUUCAACCUGAAAUGCCCCGGAGAUCACCUUCACCUGCAGCUUCAAAGAAGCCUUCCACACGUGGGCAGUCUGACCGGAGCGGCAGCAGCCUAUCAGCCGGACAUGUGCCACGCCAUUGCCGACCUCAUCACCUCCAUCACCUACGCAUCUCCGGAGUAUGUGUUCCAUGAGGACGACCAACCUGAAGCAGUUGCAGAACAACCUGAUCACCCCGAAGCUGAGCCACCUCAGCAUAAGGGCAUCCUGCAACGGAUCCAUGACAGCCGACCGGUUGAGUCCCAACGACUCAUUGCCCGACUGCACCGCAACCUCGGACACCCCAGCCAGAAGGACCUGCUCAAGAUCCUCGAAGCAAGGGGUGCCUCGCAACAUGUGCUCAACGCCCUCAAGAACUACCACUGCGAGCUUUGCAGCCGGUACGCACCACCAGCUCAAUCCCCCAAGGCCGCCAUCUGCACUGCCGAGCACUUCAACCAGCGACUUCAAGCUGACACACUCUGGAUCCAAAUCCAGGGGAAACCCACACCUGUGCUCACCAUGGACACUUGCCUUACACCGUGUACUAUGCCAGCAGUUCGUGGCACUUCGACACUGCUGCUGAAGCAGAGUAUCCAGACCUUUUAUGCUCCAGAUAUGCAAAGCUGCCGCGGGCUCAUUGUGGGCUGCCUGAAG